CUUCAACUUUCUCCCCUAUUUAAAGUCUCCAUUGCAAAACAAGUUUUGUAUUACAAAAGGGUUUGAAUUUUGCAAGAAGUUGAUCAUUAGCUCUCUCUUUCUUUCUUUGUCUUGUUCAAAAAAGAAUAAAAAUACAAACAAAAAACUAUGAGAUCUCUCUAUACCAUUCGCAUGGCUGUUGGAAUCAUUGGAAAUGGUGCUUCUUUGCUGCUUUAUACUGUUCCCAUAUUGACAUUUUGGAGGGUUAUAAAGAAGAAGAGCACAGAGGAGUUUUCAUGUGUUCCAUACAUUGUUGCCCUAAUGAAUUGUCUUCUUUACACUUGGUAUGGUUUACCAAUUGUUAGCAAAGGAUGGGAAAACUUCCCUGUUGUCACCAUUAAUGGCCUUGGCAUCCUUCUUGAGUUAUCCUUCAUUUCCAUCUACUUCUGCUUCGCUUCAUCCCAAGCAAAGAAGAAGGUGGUUUUGAAAAUGGUGGGAGUUGUUACUGUAUUCUUGUGUGUGGGAAUGAUCUCUUCUUUUGUUUUAAAAACUCAUCAUCUUCGUAAGUUUUUCGUGGGAUGCAUUGGCCUUGUUGCUUCUAUUGCUAUGUAUGCCUCUCCAUUGGUAGCCAUGAAGCAAGUGAUAAAGACAAAGAGUGUUGAGUUUAUGCCAUUUUAUUUGUCGUUCUUUUCAUUCUCCGCAAGUUCCUUAUGGUUGGCUUAUGGUCUUCUUAGCCAUGAUCUCUUCCUUGCGUCUCCAAAUCUAGUGGGAAGCCCAUUGGGAUUGCUUCAACUUGUGUUGUAUUGCAUCUAUAGGAACAAGGAACAUGAACAAGGAGUUUUGAAGAAGGAAAAAGGAGGAGUUAUUAUGGAGAUUCAACCAAAUUGGGACUUGGAAAAGAAUAAUAAUGAAAAUCACAUUCCACAUCAAAAUAACUCCAAGAUUUAAAUAGUUUUCUACCAAACAAUUUAAUCUCUCCGUAGAAACUCUACGUAAGUGCUUCCUCUAUUAACCAAAAGUGCUUCAAAUGGCCCUCUAAAUGGAGAGCUACACGUUACGAGUUUAAAUAUUAUUUACCUUUAGUGUAAUAUUGUGUACUAUAAUAAAAAUGAUGUUGCAUCUUUGAA